AUGAUGCCGCCUGGCAAGACCACCGCCGGUCUGCUCCCAAUUUCGGCAGCAGCUACGCAAAGAGCGGGCUCUGGAGCGCCCGCAAAAAAAAACCCCCAAGCCUCCCGCGCCACGUCUCAAACUUCUCAUUCGGCGUUUACCCCCGGGCUAACACAGGCCGAGCUGGAGAAUGCUCUUGGUGACCAGUGGAAGACUGGAGCAGGAAACAUCGACUGGCUUCAGUACAAACCUGGCAAGGUGUCGAAAGAUCCAAAUAAGCCAUCUCGUCCAUCAAGAGCGUACAUCCACGUUGUGUCCACCGAAUGUGUCUCUUUGCUCUCAGACGCCGUACGCCAGGCUUCUUUCCAGGAUGCUCGUAACACUCUACAUGACCCUAUUCUACUUGGGCCUCCAUCGCUGGAGUUUGCACCUUAUGCCAAGACCCCCGGAAGCCGGUCUCGCAAGGAUGCUCGUCAAGGCACGAUUGACCAAGAUUCCGACUUCAUCGCUUUCUUGGAAAGUCUGACCCAGCCCAUUACCAGGCCCGCGGCUAUGGAUUCCGCAGCUGAUGGUGAGGACAAGAAGAAGGAAGCCGUCAUGACCACCCCGCUAGUACAGUUCAUCAAAGACAAGAAAGCUAGCAAGUUAAAGGACGGCAGCGGGUCUAAAUCCAAGCACGGUCGAUCGGAGAAGGAGUCGAAGCAGGAGAAAGUGCAAGCGAAAAAGCUCUUGCAGCGGGGUGAUAAGGAAAUCGUUACAGCCGCUUCCGACAAGAAACUCAAAGGGGAAAGGACAAGCAAGGACUCCAUCAAGGCAACCAAACAAGGAGCCUCUGCUAAUUCCAAGGGAGGCAAGUCGAGUACCGCAUCAAACACUACAAAGGAUACAACUGCAGCUCCAGAGCGGAAGAGAGAACGCGGCAAUGUCACAGCAGCCACUAAGAUCCUUCAGCGUGAUCUUGGACUCUCGCCAUCCAGUGGGCGACGACGCGGCAAAGGCGGUUCGACUGACACUACCUCCAAGAACGAAAGCUCUCGAGACUUGGCUAAUCCACCAGCCGAUUUGCCCAAGAAGGAAACCAACAGGGCUCCCAAACCCGCAUCAUCCACAGUCAAUACACCAAAGUCCAAGGACGGCGAAUCAUCCUCGCGAUCUGUUGCGGCUGCGCCGCCUGCGACCCAGCCAGCCAAAUCUACUAAAGGCGGCAAAGCAAAACACUCAUCGACUGCCAAACAAGCAUUCCUCAAACACGCCAACCCAUCCCAGGGUGUGACGGAGGCGCUCCUGGAGUCUGCAUUCACCCCAUUCGGAGCAGUGACGAAGGUCGAGAUCGAUAAGAAGAAGGGAUUUGGCUACGUAGAUUUUGCUGAACCGGAAGCACUUCGCAAAGCCAUCGCUGCGAGUCCCGUGUCGGUGGCCCAGAGUCAAGUUGUGGUAUUGGAGCGCAAAGAGAAUCCCGGAAUCGAGAAGUCGCGCAAAGGCCGCGAGGGUUUCACAGCCAAUAAGACCAAGGCUCCUGCCGAAACUGCAGGAAGCGCUUCAGGGGCUGGCGGUAAUGUUGGGGGUAAUGCUGGUUCCUCUCGUGGAUCUCGUGGAGGGCGUGGCUCACGAAAUAAAGGACCCAAGGGAAGCUCUGGAGCUUCAGAUAAAAUCGGAAGCACCGAGGCGAAAUGA